AUGGAGGAAAAAGAAGAAAUAAGGCGCUACAAUACAGAAGCGCUCAGAGAUAAGUGGAGAUUUAUCGUCUUCAAACGGGUCUCCGGUUCCAUCACCAUUCUACCACAAUCACACACUUCAUAUACCCCGUUCCAAAAGGCCACUUUGGCUAUGAGUGGCCCCCCAACCGAUGACACUGUGCCCAAAUCGCCCAUAAGUCUCUCCAAAUUCGGAAUGGACUGCACAGUCGUUGAGGCCGAUACCCCGGCGCCUAUACCACCUACGCAUACAACCAUUACGCUACAGGCGGCCCCAGACAGGGACACAUUACUCGUCAAUGGAGAAGGGAACCCCGUGUCCGCAGAAUUUGGAGGAGGCGAUACACAUGGCGUUGAUGGUGACAUGAACGCCGAUUCCGAUUCCGACGAUGAUGAGGACUCCUUGGAAAAUGUUCUCAAGAAAUACAAGGAAGCAAAAAAGUACUUCGUUGAAAGCGAUGGGAUAACCUACGUGCCAAACGCCCAGUGGUAUAUAUACCGGCAGUAUUGUUUUGGGUGUCACCUUUAUGUUGCAUCAGACGUGCCCCAUGUUGGUGGAGAGACACGUAAAUCAACCUGCAAAACAAUUCCGGAACGGCUGCCACAUCAACAGUCGAUACAUAAUGAACACAGUGAGGAACGGGCAGAGAGACCUCUUCUCCCAUUCCGAGUCAGGAUUAUGAACACGUUACUCAAAAGGGUCAUGGAUGAGCUUGUGGGUAUUUACCCUUUCAAUUGUGACCAUGUGGCUCCGUAUCGCGCUAUCGUUCCAUACCAUGAAAAGCUCCGCAAAUUACUACAACAGAAAGAAGAAGAAUUUUCGAGACUCGCUAAGAUAUACCCCGACGAUCCAGCCGUAAAACGCACGCACUCCUGGCUCCCGGGACGCUUCUCGCUCUCUAAAUCCCAUUUAUCUUCAAUACACCCUCCCGAUGAUCCCGUAACAGAUGGCACCUACCCAGGAGGAAGGGACGAAGUUCUGCAUGCCAGAACCCAGCUAGAUGGUCUAAGAGUCCUUAUCCAUUUUCUAGAUUGUGACCUAGGGGACUUAGUGAGAGUACGCCAGCAGAUCGUCAAGGGAACGCUGGAGCGCAUCCCCUUUCCAUACCUCUGGCAUCUGUUUCAUCCAGGGGGAAUUCUAAGGCAGCAUCUUCUAGGAAACCUUCAAAUCUGGUCAUCGACUGCUUUUGUCUUGACUUUGACGCUAUCUAUCACAGCAUUGGAGGCCUAUCAACUAGAACUUGAGCCGAGAGUUCGGGAAAUCCUUGUACAACGAGGUAGAAAAUUCGUCGACCUAGCGAAAGUAUCUCACAGAAGGUAUAGGGGGUUGAAUCUGCGCGAAAGCGAUUUCAACAAGUACGAAGAGAUUGACAGUGAUGUGAUUAUCGACUUCGAGCUCGCUUUGCGAAGUAAGGAGGUGGCAACGGAUCUCCCAGAGUACGGUGGCGGUGUGAUUCUCGAGCCAACAGAAGAAGAUCCCGACGAAACGCAUGACGACUAUUGCUUCUACGAUAACAAGAUAUUGGAAAAAAGGUUGCGGUCCGAUUUCAUGCAGCAUACCUCACUCCUUGAGGAACAAGAUCUUGAAGCUUUAUCAGACGAUAGUCUAAUGCUUCUCCCGCCCAGGGUCUAUGGAUAUGUCCUCCUCAGUCGAGCCUGGCAUCCUUUGGACAUUGACCCGAUUACGGAGAUCAAUGUGAUCGGCGGAGACCAACCCGAUCCGUUUGAUGACGCUGUUCUGCCUGAGAAGCAUCGCGAUAUCGUGCGAGCAUUGGUUAAGACCCACGCUCGCGCACGAGGCACUUUAGGGAGCACUGGAACAGCUAAUUUGGUUGUAAAGCGUGAAUUUGACAUUGUGAAAGGAAAAGGAAGGGGACUAAUCAUUCUCCUUCACGGGGCGCCGGGGGUUGGCAAAACGUCCACCGCGGAAUGCGUCGCUGCCCACACUGGUCGCCCCUUAUUUCCAAUCACUUGCGGUGAUCUUGGUGGGGACAGUGCUCAAGAGGUUGAAGCCAACCUGGAACGGUUCUUCGACAUGGCCAGAAGAUGGGGGUGUGUUUUGCUGCUUGACGAGGCAGACGUCUUCCUCAGUGAACGUAUCAAAGGAGAUAUCAGGCAAAACAGCUUGGUGUCGGUGUUUUUGCGAGUGCUGGAAUAUUACUCGGGAAUCCUGAUCCUGACAACUAAUCGGGUAGGCGACUUCGACGAAGCCGCCAUAUCACGCAUCCAUUGUGCCUUGUAUUACCCGCCUUUGGACCGCCAGCGAACUCUCGAAGUAUGGCGAAAAGGGAUCGGCCGCCUGAAGCUUCAAAAUGGCAGUUGCACGAUACCAGUCAAGUUUGAUAGGAAAGAAAUUCUGGAUUUUGCCCGACGCCUCUGGAAAGACGGCUACCGUUGGAACGGCCGACAGAUCAAAAACGCCUUACAAACGGCAGUCGCACUGGCCGAAUGGGACAAGAUCAAAGAUAACCCCGAUAGCGAGGCAUGUCCGGAGCUGAAAUUCGAGCAUCUCGACACUGUGGCCAAAGCCAAUGCCCAUUUCGAGUCAUAUCUGACCCAGGUUCGGACCUCCGACGAUACACGGGCAAAGUAUAAUGCCCUUCGCCGGGACGACCUCACCGAGAAAAUCCCUGAUACCCCCUCCCGUCGGAAACAAACCACGCCCAAAUCGUCUAAGAAGAAAAUGCGAUGGCCAAUCUUGAGUAACGAUGAAGAUGAGUUUGAAGAGGAGAUAGAAACCAGUGACAGUGAGAGAUCUAGUCAAGAGAACAGUGAAAGUGAUUCCGAGCCUAUGGUGAUCCAGCCGUCUAAGAAAUCAAGAUCGCACCAGAAGAAGAAGGGUAAAGAUGGCGAGAAGAAUCAAUCAAAAGGAAGGGAGAGCUCCAAGAAAGCAGGUAAAUCGAGAGCCAUGUCUUCAUCGAAGAAGUCCAAGAAAGAGCCGCCGCCAGAGUCUUCCUCAUCUUCUGAACCGGAGAGUGGCAGUGAUGAGCAGUGAUCGCAUGUCUUGUACUGCUCUAUUUGCUUCAUGAGUAACCUUCAGCUAUCACAGACUCCUUCCGGGCAGUGUAUACCGGCUAUCAUGGCCUUACCAAGUACUCACAAGAAAGCUGAGAAAUCGGCAUGUAUUGGACAUGACUCGUCUGACCUGGGACUAGUAAG